AGCAAGAGAAUGAGGCUCUGUUGUGUAAAGUGGAUGAGAUGGAGAGAGCAAAGAUCUCUGCCCAGGAGAAGCUGAGCUUGUGUGAAAGAACAAAGAGCGAGCUCUGUGCAGAGAAAGGCCACCUGGAGCAGCUGCUGAAGAAAGCAGAGGAGCAACAAGAGGAGCUGCGGGUAGAGCUGGGGGUCCUGGCAGAGGAGAAGGAAGAAGCCCAAGAGAAACUCCUUGAGGUUUCCCGCCAGCAAGAGUCGUCUCGCAGUGGCCUGGAGCAGUUGCGCCAGGAGUCCUCUCGCCAAGGGCACGCGCUGGCCGAGGUGUGCGCAGAGAAGGAGUUGCUGGUGCGGGAGAAGGCUGCCCUGGAGGUGCGACUGGCAGCCCUGGAGCGGGAGAGACAAGGCCUUUCGGAGCAGCUGGCAGAGGCCAGGUCAGGGAAGGAGACCCUGGAAUGCAGCCUGUUGGAGGCUCAGCAGCACUUGUCUGAGCUGGAGAUCAGCAGGAGUCAUCUCGAAACCCAGCUCCACGCGGUGGCGCAGGCCAAGGAGGUGAUCCAAGGUGAGAGCCUCCCGUUUCUGGUGACCCCGUGCCUGGGGAAGGUGGCAUGA